AAAAAGUUGCAGACUAGUAUCUUUCCAAAUAUUAAAUCGUAGAUAUUGUCUUGUAAAGGAGAGACUGAAAUUCAUGGUACAAAGCCAUGGCUGAAUUCAAGCAUUUAGUGCUGGUCAAGUUCAAGGAAGAAGUUGCAGUCGAAGAAGUUUUGAAAGGCAUGGAGAAACUUGUCUCAGAAAUGGACAUUGUCAAGUCCUUUGUCUGGGGACAGGACAUUGAAAGCCAUGAGAUGCUAAGGCAAGGUUUCACCCAUGCUUUCUUGAUGACAUUUGGUAGCAAAGAUGAUUUCACUGCUUUUGCUAGCCAUCCAAAUCAUGUUGAAUUUUCAUCUACAUUUUCAGCUGCAAUAGAAAAGGCUGUUCUUCUUGAUUUCCCAGUUGUCACUGUCAAGACUUCUUCCGAUGAUCGCAAAGAUCAUUGAUUUUCCAAUGAAUUACAAAAGUUGUAUUAAUUAGCAGUGUAUUUAUAUAUCUUUGGUGUGUCUUCAUUGUUGGGAGUGUGUACACUUCAUGUUUUUCUUGAAUUAAUAAAUUCCCUUGUUUACUUACA